AGCUGCUGAGCGCCGGCCCCACGGAGCCCUGGUCCAUCCGCGAGAAGCUCUGUCUGGCCUCGUCCGUCAUGCGGAGCGGGGACCAGAACUGGGUCUCUGUCAGCAGAGCUAUCAAACCUUUUGCAGAGCCAGGACGCCCACCGGACUGGUUUUCCCAAAAGCACUGUGCAUCUCAGUAUUCAGAGCUCUUGGAGACUACGGAGACCCCUAAAAGAAAACGUGGUGAGAAGGGAGAGGUGGUGGAAACUGUGGAGGAUGUUAUUGUGCGGAAACUGACUGCGGAACGAGUUGAGGAGUUGAAAAAAAUGAUUAAGGAAACACAGGAGAAAUACAGGCAACUCAAGAAGGAUGCAGAGCUGAUCCAGGCUGGACACAUGGAUAACAGACUGGAGGAGCUGUGCAAUGAGAUUAUGAUAAAGAAAAAAAUGGAGGAAGAAGAGGCAGAAGUCAAGAGGAAGGCUACAGAUGCUGCUUAUCAGGCUCGUCAGGCCAUUAAGAAUCCACCGCGACGACUAACGGGUGUGAUGGUUCGCUCCCCUGCAGGCUCAACCUCCCCAGGGGGAGACUAUGCCCUGGGAGAUAUGUCUCAGCCCGCCAUGGACGAGGCCAGUCCAGGGGUCACUCCAGGGACAUUGCCCAGCACCCCAGUUGCCUCCUUCAUUGGAAUCCCUGACACCCCUCCAGGCUCUGCUCCCCUGGAUGCCCCCAUGACCCCAGUCACUGAUGAUUCACCCCAGAAAAAGAUGCUAGGACAAAAAGCAACUCCGCCUCCUUCCCCUCUGCUCUCAGAGCUGCUGAAGAAGGGCAGUCUCCUGCCCACAAGCCCCAGGCUGGUUGGUGAAAAUGAAAUGGCAGUGGCUUCUGGUCACAUGAACAGCUCAGGAGUCCUGCUGGAGGUAGGAAGCGUCCUUCCAGUGCUGCACAGUGGGGAAAUGCAGUCGGCACCUGGUGCUGUCCCUGCAUCUCCUGCUGCUUCAGAGCCUGUGCCCCAGGCAACCAUUGUCAUGAUGCCCGCGUUGUCAGCACCAUCCGUUGUGCCGCCAGCUGCCGCUCCAGAAAGCGUAGCCACAGUGAGCCAGCCAGAAGCCUGCGUUUCCAUGGAGGCAGUGUCUGAUUCCCAUACUGUGACAGUGUCCAUGGACAGCAGUGAAAUAUCCAUGAUCAUUGAUUCCAUCAAGAAAGAGUGCCUGGGUUCUGGGGCUGGCAGCGCUGCAGGGUCUUCCAAAGAUCACUGCAUGGAUGGGAAAGAAGACCUGGAUUUGGCUGAGAAAAUGGAUAUUGCAGUGUCCUAUACGGGGGAAGAGCUGGACUUCGAUACUGUUGGAAACAUUAUAGCCAUCAUUGAGGACAAGGUGGACGACCACCCCGAAGUCCUGGAUGCAGCAGUUGUGGAAGCUGCUCUGUCUUCUUUCUGUGAAGAUACCGAUGAUCCUCAGACUCUGCCUGGCCCCUGGGAACACUCAAUUCGUCAGGAGCACGAGAAGCAGGCCCAGAUACCCCAAGUGUCUGUGACUGUGAAGCAGGAGAGACUGGAGUGUGAGGAGCCAGAGGCAAAGGGAAUUCGAGACCUAAUGGGCAUUGGAGAGCUGGGAUCAGAAAUAAAGACAGAACCUGCAGAGCAGGAGCUGAAUCAGCUGGGCCCUGAGGAAACCAUACCAGCAAGUGCAAGAGUGACAGAAACACCAGAGCUUAGAAGUCAGGAGAUAGAAGAGGAUCAAAGAGCAGCGGUAGCAGCAGGAGAGACUUCUGAAAUCGAGAUAGAAUCAACCAAGGGAGAAGAUGCAGUGCACAAUACAGUCAAGACAGAGACCCCACCUGAUGAUGAUUCAUCCCCUCCACAAGUCCCAAAUGUGAGUGAAGACUCCUCACAGGCUGAUGUUCAGCACAAAUUUGAGCUGUCAGAGUCAAUGAAGGAGGAGGCCCAAGCCCUGUUUAGGAGUCAGAUGAAGGAUGGGCAGGGUGAAGAGGAUGAUGAGGAUGGUGCCAGCGAGGCUGCCAGUUUGGAAGAAGCCAAAGAAGAAGAUCAGGGUGAGGGAUACCUGUCAGAGAUGGAUAACGAACCCCCUGUGAGUGAGAGCGACGAUGGCUUCAGUGUCCAUAAUGCACCUUUACAGUCGCACACGCUAGCUGACUCCAUCCCCAGCAGCCCAGCCUCCUCGCAGUUCUCAGUGUGCAGUGAGGACCAGGAAGCGAUACAGGCUCAGAAGAUCUGGAAGAAAGCCAUCAUGCUAGUUUGGAGAGCAGCAGCUAAUCACAGGUACGCCAAUGUCUUCCUACAGCCUGUGACUGACGAUAUAGCACCAGGCUACCACAGUAUUGUGCAGAGGCCAAUGGAUUUAUCUACCAUCAAGAAGAACAUUGAGAAUGGGCUGAUACGAACUACAGCUGAGUUCCAGCGAGAUAUUAUGCUGAUGUUUCAAAAUGCAGUUAUGUACAACAGCUCUGACCACGACGUGUACCACAUGGCUGUGGAGAUGCAGCGAGAUGUCCUGGAGCAGAUCCAGCAAUUUCUGGCCACACAGCUGAUCAUGCAGACAUCGGAGUCGGGGAUCAGUGCAAAGAGCCUGCGUGGGCGAGACUCCACUCGCAAGCAGGAUGCUUCGGAGAAGGACGGUGGCACCAGAGGGCGUCGCUGUGCCAUCGAGGCCGACAUGAAGAUGAAGAAGUGAUGCUGCGGGCAGGCAGAAGAUGCCAGCGGAGGGCAAGCGAGACGCAGUCAGCAGCUGUCGGGGGAGGAAGAAAAGCUGCAGGUCCAUUUCUGGCACCCUUGUCCACCUUCUUCGCUUGCCCCUCUGGAAAGCAGUGUCUCAUCGGAAUGUGUAACCCAAAGAAACUUCCCUGGAGGGGAAGGCUAGCCCCCCUGCCUGUUUUAGGGCAGUCGUCUUGGGCUUCAUCAGUGUUCUGGUGUUAGCUAGCAACUGGUGGCUCGUAUGUACUGUAAUGUGAAGUGUACAGAUUUUUACUAGUGAUGUGUAAAUGUGUAUGUAUAUUAAAGUCUGGG